AUGGGCGGAGGCGGGGGAGGCAAGAAGGGCGGCGGGCUGGGACGAGGCCAGUCCAUGACCUACACACGGCCCACCCCAAAAUUCCUGCAGCAAUUCUACGCCCCACCCCCUGGCGGCCCUGCAGGCAUGCCCCCCUCUGGCUCAGAUGACGAUGAAGAAGAUGAACGCGAGAGGAAGGAGGAGAUGGAGCAGCUGGACGAGGAGACGCGCAAGGAGAUCGAACGGCUCAAGGUCGAGUUCGCCUUCAAGCAGGCGGCCGAGCAGGUGGCCGAGACCGAGAAGCGACGGCGCACCGAGGCCGAGGCCGAGGCCGACCGACGCGACGAGGCCAGCGGCCGCCACAGCUACCGCGUCCCGCAGAAGAAGAAGGCCAAGGUCGACGAAGCCGCGCCGGCCGCCGACGCCAAGGGAAAAGCCGACGAUGAUGAGCGACGAGCAACAACGAAGGACGGCGGCGAGGCGGCGGCGGCGGAGAAGAAGAAGAAGACGGCAACGGCGACGACGACAACGAAGACGACGACGACAAAGGCCGCAGGACAGUCGCAGCCGAGAGUACGCGCGGCGCCGGCGUCGUCGCGUGUGGCCAACAAGCGGGUGCUGUCUUUUGGCGAGGGCGAGGAGGAGGGCUGA